AUGGGUAGCCGUGAUUCUCUGCUAAUUUUAAAUUCAGAUUUUUAUCAUUUUAAGCAUUUAAUAACACCUGUUAAAUGGCAGAAAGACCCCUUUCAGCUGUGAAUCAAGCUAAUGCUCUAAAUAAUCUGGUCGCCAACAUUUCUGUGAAGCUACCGUUGAAGGUAGCAGAUUAAAAGUGACAUAACGCGACAACUGGCCGUCAUCUCUGUCCGUCUUUUAUUUUAGCUGAACCGAGGCUGUACGUUUUAAAUCGGUUCUGAGAGAGAGACUAAACUCCUAGGCAGAAGAAAUCGCCAUGACAGGAGGAUGAUUAAAAUGAGCAUCACGCAGGUGCUUAGGGGCACUUGCGUCGUUUUUAUGUGCACGCGUGGUCGUCAGUGUUAAGAGUUAGCACGUUUAGGCGAGAUCAGUUGGACGUUGUCGUUGGCCAUUUGGUUUAUUAUAGCUAGCUUAGACCGGUUCUGUGGGGCCGGUAACGUUCUGCUGGUCCACCGGAGACGGCGCGCGACCUUGAGGACGCAGCUAUGGAUCUGACGCGGUUGGCUGUGGAUGCUGGUCAGUUCAUCAACAGAGCUGUUCAGUACACCGGAGAAAGUCUUGGUCAGACCGAGAAGACUGACUUGGACCCCGGGCUGGAGGGGCUCCUGGCCCGGGCAGACGCCACCAAAACCUGGACGGACCAAAUGAUCUCCCAAACGGAGGUUUUACUUCAGCCUAGUCCAGGAGCUCGGUUAGAGGAUCGGCUUUAUGAGCAUCUGGAGUGGAGCGUCCCACCUCGGCCACGUGCAAAUGAGCUACUGGGAGAUCACAUGACCCAGGCUGGGAUGGAGAUUGGAUCAAACACACCUUAUGGAACAGCGUUGAUAAGGUGUGGAGAGGCCCAGAAGCAGCUAGGAGAGGUAGAGAGGAAGUUUGUCCAAAGCACCAACAUUCACUUUCUCACUCCACUGCGGAGUUUCACUGAAGGGGAAUACACAGCCAUACAGAAUGAGCAUAAGAUGUUGGUGAACAAGCGUUUGGACUUGGACAUUGCCAAGAGUAGGCUGAGAAAAGCCCACGAGGCUGACCGAGAGGCCAGAAACCUGAAUGCAAACCCACUGGAAGACGACUAUGUGUCUCAAGUCUCCUACAUGUUCAGCUUCCUGCGUGUUAAAUGGCUAAAGGUAUGGGCUCAGGAAAUCUCUCAGGCAGAGAUGGAGCUGAGGAUCUGUCAGAGUCUUUUCGAUCGACAGACAGAAAUUAUAAGACGGGUUCUGGAAGGAAUCAGCGACACUCAUACCAACCACAUGCAGAUUCUUAUGGACUUUGUGGAUGCUCAGGCCUCUUACUUUGCUCAGUGCAACCAACAAUCUCAGGAACUCCGAAGACAGCUUGCGAGUAUUCCAGCGGUCUUCUGCUCCAAUAACUGGCAAUCAGUAGGUAAUAAUGCUGUUAAUCAGCCAUUAAUUAGCAGCCAUGUAGCUAAUGAGCCUCUUGGGUUAGAUGAGAUCACUCCAAUGCCCGUAACUGUCCACCAACUUCCAGACUUCAACCAGGACUCAUGGACUGUAAAUUCACCUCCCAAAACUGAAGUCCAACCCAACUACAAAAACAAUAAUAACAACAUUUUCUCCACUCCCAGUCAGGCAAACAAUCACCCUUCAGCAGUUACCUGCUCAUCAUCCCACAGGCGAACACUCAGUCAAACCAUUACAUCAAAACAAAGAGAUGAGCUGCAAGCACCCAGCUGCACGAGCAGUGCAUGUGAGACGACUAACAGGCCGAGUUCUGCUGUUCCACCAUAUGCUCAGUCUGUCAGUGCAACAGCUUCAAUAAACAAUGGAACCGGCAGAGUGACAACAGCAGCUUGCCCACCUUUACAACCCAAUGAAACGCCAAGUGAGUCUCAGACAGCAAAUUUAGUAGCUACUGAGACUGUGACGCCCAACGGUGUGGCUGCCGAUCCCUAAACAACCAAUGAAACACAGAGCAGCCUGUCGUUAAUGGAGAGGACGUCCAGAAGUCAUCAUCAGACAGACUGGAUGUGGUUCAGUAGAUAUGAGGGUGUAUUUGACAGCGUGUCAGCUGGUACUGAAAUUGUUUGGAGCUUUAACUGGUUCUGUCUGGUAUUGUAGACCCUGGCAUCCAGUUUGUAUUAGCAAGAUACACAAUCGUUGUAUAGUAACAUCUACUUAAUCCCAUAGAGAAGAAUGUGAAGUGGUUGUGAAAGAGCUUUUUUUU